AUGAGUGACAGAGCUCUUGCGGAAGUUGAUGGACUUCUUGCUGCUUUCAUCUAUCUCGACCAUACAGAGCCAAGUUCGCACAAGAGCCUGACAUAUACCAACAAUCUUCCCAAUGACCGCACUGCAAUCCCUUUUAACAACUCUCUGGGUACACAAUCUCACUCAAUCAACGAUGACAUUCGGGCCUCGGAUCUCGCAUGGGCUUCUGCAAGAGCUGUCAGAGACGAAAUGCAGAUGCUAUGGGGUAUGUUCGUCAAAGUCUCUCGAGGCCUAGACGUAGCAGUGAUCAACAACUUACGCAGUGGCUACGAGGACGCCCAGGGCCUUCGCUACGCGGGAGUGUUUGCGUAUCGCAAUACCCUGACUGGUCUGAGACCUACUAACUUGGCAAGAAUAUUUGCGUUGUGUGGCUUAUCCUACGUUGUUCAUCGCAUUCUCCAUGCCAAAGGAAGGCUGUUGCAGGAUGGUUUCCUAACCGACAUUCGUAUAUGGCGAGACGCUAUCGAAGACGAAGACGAACGAAGGGCCUUCAGCCAGCUCACCAGUCAUCUCUGGUCUGAAUGUCAGAAUCACCGCAGUUCUAAGAAUCUGAACUCGAGAGAACCUUACUACUUUACACGUAGUCUGCAACACGACGAAAGCACAUCUCUCCCUCCCGCCAAGCACUGUGUCAGUCCAUUCGAUCAGCAAUCGCCGGCCAAAUACACACAGCAAGCGCAUCAACACCCCGGCCCUCAAGGUACUCCAUGGAGCUUCAAAUUUCCUUACGAGUCCGAUAGUUCGAGCUUGUUGUUAGCCAAUUGUGAGUCGACAAACGAUCUUGGAGCCUGUGACCAUGGCCUCGAAAGCUUCGCGGGUCUGACAACCGACGCACAACGAAUGUACAACACCGAGCCUCAUACAGAGUCGGGGAUCUGGUCCGACUUAAGCUCAAUUAACUCAGUCGACUUCUCCAUGCUGGAUAUGCUGGCCUUCCGGACGCAUGGAAGUCCAGUUGCUCAGCCUCUCACUCGCAGCCAAUUCGACAUGAAUCCUCUCCACGAGCCCGACGAUCGAUCCCUCGUGGGAAUAACAACGAGUGCCAAUUCGUUACAGACCAAUUCUGUAUAUAUAGCCAUCCGCGAAUUCAUUCACGACAACGGUCAAUUCUGGUUCCAGCUUGCUGGUCGCGGUUUAGUCUCCAAGGAUAUCGCAUCCUGCCAGUCAUGGUGCCAAGAGCGAUGGGCGCAGAAGAAGCACAUACGGACAUCAUAUAUCCAGAAGCUAUUGUCUGCCAGACGUACCCAAGACAAGACUUCAUCCGGUAUAAUAUCUAUAGUGGACACAUUUGUGGAUUGGGGAUUCCUCCAGAGUAUCGAAAACAUCGAGUUUUACAUGGAAGGGCUAGCAGAUCUACUAUUCGACGACAAGACAUCCCGUCAAGAGUUCAGCGACUGGAUUCGAGCUUCCAGCGGGAGCGGAAAGGGGCAAGUCGAUGAAGCUGAGCUCAUUGAGAAAUCAUGCACUAAUGAUUCAAGAGGAAACACAACACCACAAGGCAUCGCGCACUCAUCCACGCAAAUGAAUGCAAUGAACCAUCGAACAAGAGACGGAAGGCAAUUGAAUCGCGAGACGGCGGAGACAGGGUUCUCGUACUGA